UUCCCGUCGGCAUUCUUGGCCUGGGCCCUGUUUAGUGAGACAGUGCCUAGGUUCAACGGAGGUAGCAGGUUUCCGCCACCUGCUUUUUCCGGCACGUCUUUGGGAGCCUGUGCGCGAGCGCUGGCCGCGCCGCGCGACGAGCUGUUGGUCUGCUCGGAACGGGUUGUGGCUGAUGCUUGCGCGCCUUCGCCCCUUGAGGCGACGGCGUCCCCAGACGGCGACACCCUGCCCGAGCCAAGUGACCCCCCCCAGCCGUUGUCCGGCCGCCCCCGCCUGCCGUCUGUCUCUUGUGCCGACGUCGACGCCGAGGCCGAAGUGAGCGCCGACGCCGAGACGUCGGACAACGAUAAUAGCGUCAGCGAUAUUAGCAGCAGCAUUAAAGAAACAACGCAAAAGGAGUCGAUUCCGACAGCAUCAACAUCACCAGCACUACAACAACCAUCGAUUAGCAAUUUGCCGACCUCGAAAAACGCAACUGUUUCUCUUUGGGUCUCUUCUGCUGAAGAAUUGUCUACCGUUACUAAGUCUACGGCGGCCGCUGCAACCGUUAAAGAGCCGCUACCGCAGCAGCGGCAGCAACAGUUAGAAAACGAAGAGCACAAAAUCCAAAAUCGAAGUCAACAGAAUCUGGAAGCUCUGCAGAGUCAGAGUCAAUCUCGGCCUCGGUCGCAAUCACCAUCACCGCAGCAACAACCAAAGAUGGUCGUGCAACUUCAGGGGCUGCUGCCGGCCGAACAAAAUCCAAUUGUGCCGACAACACGCCGCAGGCCACGCAAGAGGCCGCCGCGCUCCUGUCGACUUGUCGUCGACGGCGAAGAAGACGAACAGCAGCAGUGUGCGGCGAGAAACAAUAACAAUACUAGCGCCAACAACAAUAAUACUAAUACCAAUGACUCCGUACAGAGUACCCACGCCGGUCUUGAGCAUGAGACAGCGGGAAAACCCGCUGACGCCGAAGAAAGCGUUGAGGAUCAGCAACUGCACCACGCCGGCGGAGUCGGGGGUGCAGCGGGUGGACACAAUCAACCCCCCGUAGGAGGACAUCAUCAACAUGGACAGCCUCUUUUCGUUGACGGAGCCGAAGUUUCACCUAAGAGAAACAAAUGUGACGACGACGACGGUGACAAUAAUGACGAGUCGCAGCAACAACAUGGCGAGCUUAAGCCGGAUCUCAACGACAACAAUGUCGUUAAACAACCGUCCCCCCCAAGUCCGGAGCCAAUUGUCGUCGCUGCAAACCCUUUGGAUUUCAGCGUGCGGCGUUCGGACGAUGAAGAGGACAGUGACAGUGCUGCUGCGUUAGCACGAGCUACACCCAGCCCACAGGGUAGCACGACGGACGCAGUAGAUAUGUCCGCUCCUGACGCCCCUCUUGAUCUCUCGAAAAAGCCUUCCGGGGGCAAUAAUAGGAUGACAUCUUCCACAAGAGUAGCACCGUUAGCUCCUAAUUCACGGCAUCAGCAACAGCAACCACAGCAGCAACAGCAAUCGAAUUUGCCGGCACUCACUCUGUCAGCCGCAGCCGCUAUAUCGCCUCUGGCCAGCCUCGCGUCAAAAAUAGAGGCUGCGCAGUGGACACCAUCAUUGAAAACUUCGCUCGUAUCAACGGCACCCACCCGGAUGGACUGGAAGCCAGCGCCUCCAGCCAAACAGCCGAAGCUUGAUGCACACGGCCUCAAGACGCGCGACUCGUUUCGGCCAUCGAACCGACAGAACCCGUGGCAAUCACAAUGGAUCAGCAGGUCGGGUGAGCAGACAAAGGAUGUGUUUACAUGCGUCUGGUGCAAGGAACAGUUCCAGUCGUUAGAACACAUGACUGUGCAUAUGAAGAACUCGCCUCGCUGCGGAAUGGCUGGCAUGCAUGCGGCUGCCUCGACAUCGGCCACGCCCGCGUCGACUGCCGCGCCUGCGUCUGCCGUUCCGGCAGCCAAGGCUCAGCAUACCCCGCAGCAGGUGCAGGCCACUCAGCAUCAGGCGAACGCUCCGCACACCCCCCACGCGCAGCAGCAGCAGCCACCUCAGCAGCCGACAACGAAAGACGGCGUGCCUCUGCCGCGAAAGCUUGUGCGCGGACAGGACGUAUGGCUGGGCAAGGGUGCCGAACAGACGCGUCAAAUUCUCAAAUGCAUGUGGUGCGGUCAGUCGUUCAAGAGUCUUGCUGACAUGACUCAACACAUGAAGGUUACUCAGCACUACACGAAUAUCAUUAGCCAAGAACAGAUCGUGUCGUGGAAAUCGCCAGAAGAGAAAGCGCAAAACCAAAGUCAGGUAAAUGCCGUACUCACGUGCAAGGUUUGCGACCAGGCGUUCAGCUCGCUUAAGGAGCUCAGCUAUCACAUGGUGAAGAACAACCACUACAAGGAUAACCUUUUACGAUCGAUCGGCGACAUUCCGGCGAUGGCAGCCGCUGCAGCUGUCACUGCCGCAGCAACAACGGCAGUCCCUCCCACACAACAGCAACCGCAGCCCAAGCGUACACCAGUUAGAGGUGACCGCGGAAAGAAGUCUCUGCCCGUUAGGAAGCUUCUGGAGCUCGAAAGGCAAGCUUGUAGUCCCGAGCAGCAGCAGCAACAGCAGCAGCAGGCGCUAGCCAUGGGCCGUAUCAAUUGUGAAGAAUGCGGCGAAAAGGUUGAGGCCAAAGAUUUCGUGGCACACGUGAAACAAUGUUCGCGGCUGUUUGGUGGUAGCGGAGGUAUGGGGGGACGUGAGGAUGACGACGACUCGGAAAGCCACCGGUCGGCUACUCCGAAGUCAGUAGACUCUGUCAAAGAACACAAUGAGUCAUUUGGCCCUUCUGCGUCCUCCUCCGCUCCUGGGAGCUCGGUCCUUGCGUCGCUCGAGAAACUUGUUGAAAAGUCAUUCGAUGGCAAGGGCAAGCGGCAGGCGAGUUCUGGAAUCUUGCAGCGGCUAGGUAUUGACGAGGAAGUCUAUCCCCCUUGGCAUCCGGCUGGAUCGCCAAGAAAUUUCAAUAGUGCAAUAGCGGCAGCUCAGAUGCUCAAAAGUCCGGGCUCAUCGGAGGGGCCCGACCACCCCAGCAGGGGCUCGACGCCCAGUGGUUUUGGGAGGGCGCAGUACGGCGGCAGCUCGCCUGACAGGCAGUCCAGCCGUUCCGCACCAUCCCCGGCUGGUGCAGGGGCGCACGUGCGGGCCUCCCCGGCACCGUCCGAAUCGUCGACCAGGGCGUCUAGCCCGGGCGUUCCCGACAACCUCGUCAUUGCUGACGACAAAAGUGCCGCAAGACAGCUAUUGACGCGUUCGCCAGGUGGUGAAAGUGCUGCGUCGCUGCAAGAAGAUCGCCUGCCGCUCGCCAAGACCGGUCCCGUAACCACCCCGCAGAAAGGCAAGAAAAAAGACAAUCCACUCCGAGAGCUCGAGAAGCUUCUAGACAAAACAGAGACGCAACGCGUAUCGAAUGCUGCAUCAGCUCAACCCGGUAUCCCAGGCCUGCCUGGAGCUGCCGGAUCGAUAUUAGCGUUCUCAUGGGCCUGUGGCGAGGGUGCUACCGCUUCACCUGAAGGCACAUCGAUCAAGUGCGCCUUUUGCGAUACACACUUUGUUUCGAAGGGCGCUUACCGACACCAUUUGUCAAAAAUGCACUUCAUUAAGUCAGAUAAUAACUCCGACACCGACAAAAAUUCGGAGCGGGGAUCGGUGUCACCUGCUCCGUCGCAGCCACCGUCCGUGGCGUCCGAUGGCGGUGCGUCUUCAACCAACGAGUCCCCUCAUUCUAAGUUCCUCAAGUAUGCAGAACUAGCCAAGCAGCUCUCAUCGAAGUACGUAUAGGUUUCUUUUGUUUUUCCUGUUUCGGGCGAGCUAUCAAAAAGUGAACGUGUUCGACUUCACCAGAUUCGACAUACGACGCGCUAUGGGAAAUGGUCGCCACGCAACCUUUACGAGGCAUGGACAGAUGAUUGAUGGCUAGACAUAUCAUGUGACGUAUGUUUGACAUAACCACAAGCCCGCCCAAUUUCGUGAACGGUGGUAAUGAUAACGGCGAUGAUGACGAUGAUAACAGUGAUGCUAGAGAUGGUGGUGGUAGAGGUGAUGAUGACCAACUCACACGUACUCCUUUCUGUUCGUGGUAAGGGACUGAUGGCGGCAUCAUAUCAAGUACUGCUAUGACUUUUGUUUCCAGUCAGGGGUUAACGAACGUCACUACGGAGUAACUAGAUAUGUCGUCGAUGACGACAGCGACCGAGACGCAGAGGUCAUCUGGAACUUGAUCGUCGGCCGUAAACACCGUUGUACAGAUAUCGACUGGACGAAUCUCAGUUUAUCAAAAAGGAAGGACAGACAAUUUAAGAAGGGAAAUUAACCAAACAUACUGAACAUAGAUAUACAAACGUACACGCCACUCAUAUUCACACAUAAAAAUGGUAAAUGACACACAAAGCAAAUACAAGCAGCUCACUACUACUCGAUAUGCUUUGAAUUUGUUUCCCAUCCGCUUUUUACUCCCUUCUUUUCCCCGCCGAGCCAAAUGUAACCCCAAUCUACUCCGUACUGCCCCAUUUUUCUACACGUCCACUCUUGAAGCUCUUUGAUUCCUUAUCAAGGUCCCUGCGAUGAUCGGCGAGUGCCGGGUGCCGAAAGAUGCUCAACGUGCGCUCUCGAGAAUCCCGGACCAGCCCGGCAAUAAGCUCGAUAUAUAUAUAUAUAUAUAUGCAUAUACAUAUCUGUCUCUCUGUAAGUGUAUCUGUUGUGCUCGUCUUUAGGAGUUAAUCUAUACCAGUUCAAGAGACCCUUGAGUCUGGACACCGACGAUCCUUUACUUUCCCCACUUCUCUGACGUGAUUAUUAUCCUACAUAAUAAUGAUAAGGACAACGACAAGAGAGUCGAUUGGCGGCAUCAGAUUAGAUAUCGAUGACGAGGACUUCGCAUCAGCGUUUUCUCGAACUGCCACGCUCUUAAACUGCAUUCCAAGCUAAGUCAUCGCCGCGCGCCGCCCCGACUGCGCAGCACUAUUACAAGAAAAUGUUAAUUAAUAACAAUAACACUAAUAUGACAAAGCAACACGAAGUGGAUGACUGGGCAAGCCGAUAGUGAUGAUGAUAAUGAGGCUAUUUGAUCUCCGGCGCGUGGCGACUGCUCCAUUUCGCCAGCCAGGGCAGCGUCUCCUGGGAUGGACGGGCAAGAUGUUGUGGACGAGUAACCCUGAGAUGGUGCCAGCAGGUCCGGAAUGGGGCAUAGCAAAUACAUAGUAGUUAAAUAUGAAGAUAAUGAUGAUGAUGAUGAUGACGACGAGCAACAAGAAGAAGACUCACUUUUCAGGCGCGAGUGCGCGGGCGCCGUGUCGGCAACAUUUGUGCGAAUCAUGUUUGGGAGCUGACUUGUGGUGUGUACUUAACCGGUUUUGUGAUUUCGUAUGUACUAGUUGCAGCAACUCUCCAUAAGACGACAUUAAUCAAUAGGGACGCUAUAUAUAAAUCUCUCCUUAUAGAUAUAUAUGAACAUGCAGAUGUUGACGAACGUCGUCGUAGGUGAUGAACUUAAGCGAGUAUAUAUAAAUAGAGAAAAUGGCGGACGCAGGAUGCGACGGCGCAGCAGGCAGGGAGACGCAGACGGCGCUGAAACAUGCAAAUAAUAACAACAAAGAUAAUAAAGCUAAUAAAAUACGGCGAGAUUAAAAGAUGAAUAUAUAUACAGAUAUAUAUAUAUAUAUAUAUAUAUAUAUAUAUAUAUAUAUAUGCGAUGAUGAUUAUAACGCGCAACUGACAGCACAGAUGGCGAUGAUGGUCAUCAUCAUCAUCACCACCCUACAAAAAAAAAGUAAAGGUGUUGGCAAGACACAAAAAUACGUAGCGUCAUCGACACAUCGGUCGACACUGACGACAAAGAAAAUUGUACCACACUCGACACAUAAACAAAAAGGCACUCUGGUUGGUUGCUGCCUCGUACUGUCCGUGAAGGUAGGCAAAGUUAAGAAAGAAAGAGGAAAAGGCGAAAGCGUCACGCUCCUGUACUCAUUAUACGUAUAUAUAUAUAUAUAUAUAUAUGCAAUGCAAGUUUCUGUAAAUACUGAUGAUGGAUAUUAUUUAUUAAUGGCGAAGGUAAGGAAGAUGACGACGCGAUAGAGUGUCGUUACGUGAGGACGAGUAGUGAUCUGAUGGUCGAAGAUGAACCCUGAUGGAAAUAAUGAACUAGAGCGAAGACAAUAUGGCGAUGAUAAUAAGGAUUGAGCAAGUGACAAAACCAGGCCUUACCGACCAUGGAAAUAGAAUGGCAAAAAGAUAAAAGAAGAAAAACGGGGAAACGAUCAUUGAGGGAAAGCUAGAUGACAAAAGAAAUGAUAAUGGAAAAUAAUGGGAAGAGAGCUAAAAAGUGAAGAGACCUAUGAAGGAAAAGUGAAAAUGAAAAAUAAAAGAAAAGAAGAUUUCUAAAAUCAAAAAUAAAUUUGUUUUCUUUUCUUUCGGACACAAAUGUAGUUAGGUUAUAAUCUAUGAGGGUUCGUUCUCCUGUUAUGCUGUUAGGGCACCCCGUUGACCGUUUAGUGUUAGUCACUUAGAACAGAGCAACAUUUUGCGAAAUUUUA